AUGCUUGAGCGGGCCGCGCGGGACCUCGGCGUGGACGUGCGCAUCUAUCUACAGGACCCCACGGGGGUCCCGGCGUCCUUGGACGGGACGCUGCCCGAGGACAUUGCAGAGGGCAUGGCCCGGGCGACCAUCGAGAGCGGCACCGUUAUGGACCACGGCGGGUGGGCCUGGAGCGGCUGGUUUGACUUGGUCAGUGUUCACCAGGUCCUCGAGGCAGUAGUUGGCCGCAUUCUUGGGGCCGCAACCCCAGUGGCGGUGGCUCCACAAGGCAGAGACGGCAGCGAGGAUAAAGAGACUGUUAACUUCCCGCAUAUCAAGGGCAUAUAUCGAGUUUGGAAGGUCGAGCAGCUCCACCAGCUGGUCCUUCGACCUAAAAUCCAGGCUAGUAUGAGCAAGCUGAAGCUUGUACCCCCGCAGAUGCGGCCGGGUCAGUUGAAACGGUCGGACUUUCCGUGGAUUAUGGGCGCAAACCAGACAACGUACAAGGAUUGGCAUCCCCAUCGCGCACCCGCUCGUGACCAUCUCAACGAGCUUCCAUGCGGCGCCGCCCCCGACGGGCACCGGCGUCUCGACAGCCAUCAGUCUCAGUUCCCUCUCAAUGCUGAUGUCGAGCGCGCCGGACAUGCGCGCAAAAAAGCCAUCGGUCGCGCUAGUGAUGUCCCAGCGGUUCGUGGUGCGCUGGAGACCGCCAGGGAGGAGGCACGAAAAAGCGGCCGGCAUGGCGUACGCCUGAUCUUACGACUUGGUCUCGGCGACGGCGGGCGCCACAACCUGUGGGAGUACGGACGCUGCUCUGGCUGCAGCUUGAGACGCCAAGACAGGCUCAUGAGAAAGCGCCAGCUCAUCAGGGCAGAGGAAGAAGUAGUGGUUUUGCAGGACGGCGAGGGCGGCCGCUUUAGACCACUCGGAACUCUACGAGCCCCCAUGCCAAAACACGGUCAUAUAUGUAAAUUUGUCGCUGACUGUGGAUACUACCGCAUCCUAGAUUGA